UGUAGAGUUUAUGUUCACAAAUACAUAAUUUAAUUAUGAAUCAUUUCCACCACAGUAUUGGUAAUAUAUUUAAUGCUGCACAGGUAUUAUGUUUAAUGUAACAAGAACAUCUCGAGAAAAAGGUUAUUAUUCAGUUAUGUAAUUAUUUGAUGAUCAGCAAAUUAUAUAAAAUCUGUUCUUUUAAAUGAAAUGUAGACUACUGAGAACCUGUAUUACAUUUCUGCAUGUAACUAAUUGGACAAAGACCAGACUUUGUUUUCAGUUUACUGACCAAUCAGCUUGUUCCAGACUAACAUAAAUAAACCCACAAACAGUUGUGUUACUAUCACACAGUGGAAACCUGCUCUGAUCUAGAUUUCGGGCGAUUUAUCAGAUAUUUUAUCGAUUUUUCUGAAGGGUUUUCUAAAAUGUUUUACUACCCCACAGUGUUGCGUCGCCAUACAGGAUGUUUCUCUACAAUCUGGCUGGUUGCUACGAAAGGCAUCAAAAUCACUCGCCGGGAUAUCCUGAAAGUCAACGUCAAAGGAACCUGUGAUGACAUCAUGAAGUACGUGCUGGAGCAGGUCCCAGCGCCGCAGCCUGGUCUGCCAAAACCUCGCUUCUCCCUCUACCUGUCCUCCCAGCUCCAGUAUGGCGUCGUCCUCGUCUACCACCGACAGUGUGCCCUCUUCCUGGAUGAUAUUCAGUCGGUCGUGGGCCGGAUGUUGAAACAGAGGACGUCCGAGAAAAUUGAUCUGCAUGUGUCCACCAGACAAGGUCUGGACUUCACUGAUGCCCUGUCUCUCAUGGAGGAGGCAGAAGGAGCUCUGGACCCUUUAUUUGGAGUGAUGUACAUGAGGGACUGCGUACCCAGCCCCACCACACUGAUACAGAGGGGUCAGGAGUAUCUGAGAGAAACCUCUCCUGAACUUCCUGAACCGACCCGUCCAACUGCUGCUGCUGCUGCUGCUGCUGCUGCUGCUGCUGCUGCUGCUGCAGCACGAGAGGCCGGCAUAACUGCAUCUCCAGAAACCAUCACAAUGAGAGAGACGGAGCCUUUCGCCAUCCCCGUCGCAGAGUUUGUGGGUGAGGACCUUGUCCAUGGGGAUCAAGCUACUAUUGACAUCCUCAUGGCCGAAACAGAUGACUUUCUAGAAGGAGAUUUGGAGAUGCUGAGAGAAGACGUGACACCGGUAGAGCAGGAGAGGGAGGUGGAAAGGGGCGUAAGAGAGGAAGACCUGGAGGGAUCAAAAGAGCUCCCAGGAUCCACUAUUGAAUUACAGGCCACCACGGCCUCCAGCGAGGAAGCCUUGUUGCCUCAGGAAGAGCCAGAGCUGUCCGUGGAGAAGCCUGGACCCCCGUCAGACCAGCUCACCCCCGUCUCUGUGCCCGUCGUCCCCUCCCCGCCAUCUGCAGCGCAGGGACGCGAGAGGCCGACUCUAGAGCCAGAGGACGUGCCUCUUCCAGAGGUGAAGAAGAGGAGGGGGAAGAGGCAGCUGGUCUUCUUCGACCCGGAGACGCAGAUCCAACAGGAGGUGCUGCAGAGGCAGAUCAACGACCCUCUGUUCCAGACCAGCCGUCCACUGUACCCACCGCCACCUUCUCAAAGGAUGCCUCCCGCUGCUGAGCUCUUCAACAAUCCCUGCACCUCCUUGCCCGAAGAUGUGCUGUCUCUAUGGAGACGGGCUGCGACCAUCAAGCCUCUCUCAGGUUUGGAUCUGCAGGUCGGGGAGCGAGGGCCCGAGUCCACUGAUUCUGAAAAGGAAAGAGAACGGGAGAUGGCUAAGGCGGCCGAAAGAGAGGAGGUCCCGAGACAUGUGGCAGAACCGGAGAGGUUUGAGAUUUUAGAACAUGGUUCGCUGCCGCCGGAUGUCUCCGACCAAAGGGAGGCGUCUCGGGAGAUAUCCCCCUUACCUACAUCCGAGAUAGAAGGGCCCACUGUCUCCAGGGCUGUUUCUGCCCUGCAGGACAUCCCAGAGCUGCUGGACGAGCUGCCGGGCAGAGUUGCAGCAGAGUCUCCCGGGCUGCUGCUGGAUUUGCUUGAGCAGGAAGGGGCACCAGUGGUGUUUCAGUCUCUUUUGCCGCCAGCGGUCGACCGCAGAACAGUCAGCAACUCUUUUCAGAGGCUCCUGGAGAAUUUAUCGGACAGGAAGGUACGAGCUGAACAGGAUGUGCCGUAUGGGGACAUAUUGAUACUACCUGGACCCAACUACGGAGAGGAGCUUCUGACUUUGUGAAGUGUUCACGGUCACUCGAGUCCCCGCGUGCCUCCAAAACAAAUCAUUGUUAAGUCUGAAAGAAGAUUAUUUGUCUGUUCCUGACUGUUCACUUCAUCAGAGAUGAAAAAAAAAUGGAUUUAAACAAUGUAAAAUAAUCAAAUAAUAGUUAAGUCAAAUGUUUUGUUACUGAUUUACAUACGAUUUAUUCAUGUUUGAAAUGAUUUUAUUUUUUAAAAACCUGCUGUUUCAUAUGAACUACCAAAUAAAAGCUUUU